AUGGGCUCAUGGUGGCUUGAACUAUUCUGCAGGAUAAAAACGGACAAGCUUAUAAAGUUUUUACGAGAUAUAGACUUGCUUGACGAGAGUGACUUAGAGAUUCUUGAUAAAGAAAAAAUUUGGGGUUUGGACUUUAUUAGUUUUACAAUAGAAGAUUAUCGACGUUGUGGGUUAAAAUGGGGACCAGCAACUAGACUCGUAAAAGCCGCUUGGGAAAUCAAGAAUAAGAAUAAGAAUAUACUCUUACCUCCCAAUACAUGCGCCAUACUAAGCACUCUUUCUCAGAGUCUUGGACAACCUCCCGUUUCCGGAUUCACAGAAUAG